GCCCCCUGGCUUGUCUUUCUUCCUCGUCUCCUCUACCUGCUCCAAGUCCAGGCCGAGAGUUGGCGCCUGUGGCAAAAAACUGGCUUCAGGGAAAAGGACAGUUCUUCCCACCCUUCUUCUUCCUCUCACCUUUGUGCUUCGCAGCGGAGAAACCUGAUCUGGAAGACAGGAGACCUAACACUACUCAUUUCUUCUUAGGAAUAGAAGUAGCAAGGGCUUUGGAGUACCAGGGGCAUUCAACAAAUGUUUUCUAAGCGCCUCUUCUGGGUACUGCGCUGGGGACCCCGCCGUGAACAGGUCCCUGCCCUCAAGGAGCAAUCAAUCCGUGUGUGGGCGAGUGGGAAGGUCCAGUAGGACAAACAAGUAGUACUUUGGAAAAGGGAGGACAGGUUGGAUGACUGCGCUGAGGGUGACACUUGUUUGAGUAGAGACCUGAAUGAACAUUAGCUGGUCAAACUGGACAACGUUGGUCCGGAGGUCUUGAGGUGGCCACAGUCCUGGGAUAUUUGAGAGAAGGAAGUAUAGAGUGGAUUAUGGUCAUCAAGUAAGGUCUGGCCUGUGACCCCUGGUGGCAGCAGUACCUAGUGUAGUGGCCAUGGGGAAGCGAUACUUCUGUGACUACUGUGACCGCUCCUUCCAGGACAACCUCCACAACCGAAAGAAGCACCUGAAUGGACUGCAGCACCUCAAGGCCAAGAAGGUCUGGUACGACAUGUUCCGAGAUGCAGCUGCCAUCUUGCAGGAUGAGCAGAAUAAACGGCCCUGCAGGAAGUUUUUACUCACAGGCCAAUGUGACUUUGGCUCCAACUGCAGAUUUUCCCACAUGUCAGAGCGUGACUUGCAGGAGCUGAGUAUCCAGGUGGAAGAGGAGAGGCGGGCCAGGGAGUGGCCACAGGACACUGCCGAGCUCCCUGAAGGCCAUCUGGAGGACUGGCUGGAGAAGAGAGCUAAGCGGCUUAGCUCAGCACCAAGCAGCAGGGUCCAACCCAUCAGAGCCACUGUCUUCCAGUACCCCUUGGGCUGGCCACCAGUUCAGGAGCUACCCCCAUCCCUGAGGGCACCCCCUCCUGGGGGGUGGCCCCUGCAACCCAGAGUCCAGUGGGGCUGAGCCCCUCUUCCGGCCUGGCCCCCACCUGAUCAGUUCUCUCAUCAGUCACAGUGAAGCCAAGGGGAAGCUGAGCCCCCUUCCUACUAUGCCCUAGGAGCCUCUGAGACUGUUGGCCUGGGCUCCAGAGGUCCCACAGCCUCAGCCUCCUGCACCUGCCCACUCUCCCUCAUGUGAUGUCUUAAGAGGAUGGGUGAGAAACCUCCCAGAUGUUCAUAAAGUCUUGUCUGUCACCACAAGUGGUCUGGCGGUGCUUCCUCCUGCCCGGUGUUGUGGGCUUCAUUGCCUGUUUCAGAGGUUGGGCCAGGCUAGAAUGAGAUGUGAUCUCUCCCAGGGAGAUCCAAAUCACUGCACUUCUCCCUGGGGACCAGUGGUGGCCCAGCACAGCCAGACAAAGGAUGUGCCAGUGUGGCUGUGCCUAUCGCCUGGUAAGAAGUGACUCCAAGUCUGAAGAAAAGAGCCCGAGGACUCUGCUGCUGUCCCACCCCAGGCAGAAUUCAUAACCCCCACAUCUGCCCAGGGUGAGUGUGCCCAAGUAUUUGGGAUGUCACAGCAGGGGCAGGGACAGGAGCUAGUCUCCAGCCUCAAGGGGGUACAGAAAUGGGGGGACCCAGGAGGGCAGCUUGGGUCUUGGGAGAGCAUCCUGGCCGAGCUUUGGGGCACUGACAGUACUGGGUUUUGCCAGCUCCUCAGUCUAGGGGUAGUGUGAGGACCUGUCUAAAGUCUAGCCCUGGAGGUGCCCCUCCAGGGAGGUGGCUAGUGGGGACCCAUACAGGCUGCCUGGGCUGUUCAGAGCCUUCGGGCCCCAGCUCUCUCUCACCUCCCUCAGUUGGACUACAGUUCUAGGUUCUGUGCAAGGGUGGUGGGUGAUAAUGUCCGUUGGUCACUGAGCCUCUGGUGGGGGGGGGAUCAGAAUAGGGGGAAACUACAAGGUCACCUCAGAUGCCCCAUUUUCCACCAACUUCUGCCCUUCCUACAAAUCCCUGUUGAAGUGGGAACUGAGGCCAAAUCUCGGGCCCUCUGAGCCUCAGGCUUCUCACCUAUGAAAAGGGCUGGCUCUGGCCUCAGUGGGUGCAUGGAGGAGGGCUCGGUCCUGGAGAGUCAGAGGAAGGGACCCAGGAGGACCAGCCUCACACUCUCCCCCAGGAGGAGGCAUUUUGGCCUUGCCCUGGGCAGGCAGCCACCCUCUCUAGGCACAAGGUACCUCCUCCUACCUAAGAAACCACUGCAGUGCCUGGAUCCUGUGGCUUCCUAUACAAAUCCCUCCUUAAUUUCCCAGGAUUUCUUAGACAUCAGGAAGAGUUAGCGCUACAUACAGGCUAGGAUGGGGGCAUAGCAGCGUGUAGGUGGGGCAGGGGCCAUCCUCAGAGCUGCCACCAGGCCCUCCACAGCCAGGCCACAGCUCCAUGCAAGACCCAUAGGAUGGGUGAGGUGGGG